AUGGAGCAGGGUGUGGACCUUGGCGAGUUGGCAGUUGACAUAACAAGUUUGAUCGAGGAGCACCUCGCCGAUUCUGAGCUCCGGACAUGGAUCAUGCUUGCGUUCAGCACUACCACAGACACGGACCGGGUCGUCGCUGCCACUCUCAUGAUGGGGACUUUCAGAAGUACUUCUCAUAUAAGAUGGUGCUCAAAUGCGGGAUCCCAACAGUGA